AUGAGCCAGUCCAUGGUCCACGUCGAUAAUACGACGAUCGUGCUUCUGGUCACGCUCCUAGCACUCCUGCUAUAUGCGAGGUUCUGCAGGCAAUAUAACCAGCCAGUUUUGCAUCCUUUGAUUUUGCAGCGGCAGUCGGAGGCGUCAGCAGUGCGUAUGCCAAACGAGUCGGCAUCGUACCGCAAUGUGAAUGCGCCUCUUGGCCUUGACCUUGCUAUGCGUCCGCAGCGCGAUACACCUACGGUAGCAACCAUGCUCGCGCGGGGCGUGGAAGCUGGCGUGCCGCAGGUAGUCCGCCGUGUUCUGGACGCCUCCAUGAGUAACGAGGAAAUCCGCUUGCAAGCCGCCGCGUUCAUGAGUGCGGUACGCACGAUACUGCACACUGAUACACCUGUGAUUGUUGUGUGUGGCUUUGUGAAUUCGUCACACGCACUGACGGCGCUGCUUGCGCCGGCAUUGAUCGGUGGCGGCGCCCGUGUCUUGGUCUUGCCACCUGGCAUGCCGCCGACCUCGCUGCCUGCGGACGUGGACGAGAAGGAUCUUGCGAUUGUGUGCCUGGAUGCACCGCUUCUCCCCAUCCUCGCUCAUGCGCGUCUCAUAAUUGCGAAUGAAAAUUCAGACGUCAAGGGUGCUUCGUACAUGACCUGGGACGAUGUAAUGGGUCAUGCGACAGAAAACGAAGCACCGGCCUUACCGGAUGUCUCGCGACUCACCAAUGCCGAGUUGGACAGUCUCGGUGCCAAUACAUUCGCGACGUUUUGGGAUGGCGAGCGUGCGUGGGUCUCUGUGUCAGAGACGUCGAUGACGUCAGGUGUCACUUCAUGGCUCAGUCAGUUCCCUGCCGAUGCCAUUCCACAGCGCGGCGACCUUGUGCUCACGGACCUAAUGUAUGCGCGCGCUGCUCCCGCUACCGUGUACGUGACGUUGCUACUCUCGGUGCUGUUCACUGGAACAGGCAUCGCCAUGGAGCCAUCUACAGAGCUCAUUCAGAAUCUGCGUGUGCUGCAUCCUACGCUGCUGUUUUUAAGCACAUACGGCGCCCAGUGUGUCGAACAGAGUGUGUGGAUGCCAAGCACCGCCUCACCCCUGUGGUCCCUGAUGCGCCGCAUGAACAUGGACCUACUACGGAACGGCGUUCUGCCUAAAGACCGCCUGCUUGACAGGCUCGUCUGCAAAGGUGUGCGCCAUCGUGUGGGCCUCGAUCAUGUUCGCGCAGCCAUCAUCACAGGCGACGGCUGUGCGGCCGAGCAGUCGCUGGUAGACUCGCUGCGCCUGUAUCUGGGUGUGCCGGUAAUGCAUGCCUAUGUCCCACGCCGCCUUGAGUCACAAGGUAUGUCAAGCAUGGUUACAGCGCCGGUUUGCACAUCCAAUAUGUAUGAUCUACAAGUGUUUGCGCCGCAGCUCCUGCGGGACGACUCGGCUCGAUGCCUGCCAGCCUCUGUCGGCCCACCGUCCGUCUCGCUUGAACUAAAGCUCGUACAAGACUCGCCAGCGGUCAAGGCACAUGCUGAAGCCAUCGAGCGUUUGCGUGCCGAUGGCUGCGAUGAUCCCAUCGGUGAGGUGUAUGUGCGUGGAUAUACCGUAUCGAAAACAGGGCACAACGACACCCGUAUUUCACCAUGGCACAACACAGGGGAUGUGGCGCUAGUGCGCACGAACGGGACAUUUGUGGUUGUGGCUCCGCGAGGCGCGAACGAGGCAGGCAUGAUGCCUAAUACCAUUACGAGCACCGACGCAAGCGACACACUCAUUCGACAGCAGACGCCGCGCCGCGUCACGCGGACCACUGUGAUGCUCACCCUCUUGUUAUGCGUGAGCUGUGUCGAUGCGCAUGGCAUGAAGCGCUCGCUGCAUCCGCAGGACCAGCUGAUGCGCCGCGGCGAGGACCACCAUGUCAACACAACGAUGAUCGACCAGGCAUUUAGCGGUAUCAUGUCGAUGCAGCGGGCGUCUUGGGAGCAGGGCGUCCUUCAAUCGGCAGUGACGGAAUACUAUUACCCACAGUGGAGCGUCUUUAAGAAGCCAGGCCAUGAGCUGUAUCCUAAGCCGAAGACGUUGUCCAUCAAGGACCAGCCCAUUGAUCUGUUACGUUUGGCGAUGUCAAGUAUUGAUGGCCAGGACAGUGCAGGCCGCCUUGCGAGUGUGAUUACUGGUGACGAAUCGACAGGCCGAGGCGCCUCGAUGGACUCGGCGAGCUGUGGCGAAGGUGUGCUGGUGGGUGCGUGGAUUCGUGAAGGUUUCCCCAAUAACAAGCCAGGUGCCCGUGGUAUGUUUGGCCAUGCAGCGCAGAAGCAACUCGAGUACUUGCUGCAUAAUGUGACGCGGACGCCUAGUGGCGCCCUGAGCCAGCGUGCGGGAUCCUCGGACCCUGAGCUGUGGUCCGACUCGGCGUACAUGGGGCCGCCGUUCAUCGCCUUCUACGGUCUCGUAACGAACAACCAGACACUUGUGCAAAUGGCGUUUGAUCAGUUGCGAUUGCAGCACAAGGCAUUGGCGCGCACAGAGGGCACAGGCAGGAAUCUGUGGCACCAUAUUGUUAGGUUUCCUAAUGCGAGGAACAAGAGUGACACGCAGCUGAUUGAUGCGCGAGUGUGGCUCACUGGCAAUGGUUGGGCCGCCGCGGGUAUGCUGCGUGUCGCAGCCAUUAUAUCUCAGAGCCCGUGGACGGACAAGAUGAAGGAUCAGUAUCAUCAGCUGCUGGAUUGGGCGGAGGACAUAGUGUCGGCCACCUACUUUUUCGUUGAUCGCGGCACGGGCCUCAUGCGCAAUGUGGUGGAUAACCCCAAGACGUUCUAUGAUGGAAGUGGCUCAGCUUUAAUGGCGUAUGCCGCAUUUCGGCUCGGCAGCAUGGACGAGCAGCGCCGCGAUCAGAUUCAGUGGGCUGAAAAUGCAUACCAGACCUUGUCCAGGGCCCUAGACCCAUUCAGUCAGUUUACGAAUGGCAUUCAGACCGUCAACGAGAUGAGCUCCGGUGAGGUGGGUGUUACGUCGACCGAGAGCUUGGCCUUCCUUAUACUAAUGAGCGCCGCUCGUCGUGAUUAUUACCAGGGCAACACCACGGGCACAGGUGGCGCCGUUGACCCGCCAGCACCUGACUCGUCGGCUGCAUCGGUUCACGUUCGCACCACGGUCGUAGCAUGCACCCUGAUCGCUGCCUGCAUGUGGGUGAUGGUCAGUAGUCUAUAG